AUGCACAUCUGCUGCUCGCCACCAAGCUUCGGGCGCGGGAGCGCCCAGGUAAAAACUAUACAUGGAAGCGAUAGGGGUGGCGACACCAUAAGCCCCUGGAAUAUAAGUGCUAGCCGCAAGGGGUCAGGUACCACUCAGCGUAUAUGCAACAGCAUCGAGUGUACAGGUGUAUCUCGAGUGUCCCUAAAGGAAACCAGUACGGUCGCCCCUGGAAUUAAGACUAUGACAUGGGUCAUACAGAUGUAUAUAAGAUAG